GCGUGGGAGGCCGACGUGAAGAAGGAGAACAGGUGCAUCCAGCUCAUGGCCAGCACCGUGCUCAAGGGGUGCAGGAGGUACGCGAGGGCAACGUCCGACGACGUCCUGAACUUCCUCAUCGAGUACAAGAACGUGGUGAACGGCCAGGUGACAGAGAUCACCAUCAUCCAGAUCUGGGAGUCCACGCGCAACGUGGAGCUCCGAUGCAAGCAGCGGGCCAAGCAGAUGGGUUGGGGAGAAAUGGCAUGGGACAAGCUGUUGGACUUGAAGUACGAGACGGCCGUGUCGUAUUAUCCUGGGAGGUGGGCGAACCCGACGAGCUACAAGGUGUCCUCCAGCUUCUACCGUUUGUCGCAGCUUCGCAUCAUCGAUGCCGAUUGGAGGGGCGAUCAUUUGGAGAAGGCCGAGCAGAUCAGCGUGUGGGAAGCCACGGUCAAGGUCGUGAACGGCGAGUGCGACUUGCAGCACCCCGCAGCUCGCAAGACCGCGACGAUCUUCCAGUCAGUCAACGCGUGCUUCGUGGUCCUCAAGGCAGACUACCCUGAGCUCGUGGCCGAUUGCGUCCGCAUGGUGGUGCCGAUUCCACAGGAUGCCAAACCUGUUGGUCAGUGCAAGGGGCUCAGCCCAGGAUUGCAGAACCCAGGGUUCAAGACGCAGAUCCGCGAGCCCAUGGUGAGGAGGUUCCUGCAGGACAUGUCCAACAGCGAGGCAUUCAAGCAGCUCGCGAACCCAGACUCCUAG